UCUCUGGAGGAGCCCGCUGUUCAUUGACGUCACGGCGUUUGGUGUAAACGGCUGGCUUCCGGCUGAGCCCUCACUCUGUCGUCUGAAGCGGCGCUCUGCACUGCCCCGACCGGUCACGGCUCACCGCGCGGACCCACAACUUUCCAACCCGGGAUAACUCGACGUCUGCGGAGAUAUCAUGGUGAACAUCCCAGAGUACUAUGCAGGAAAAAACGUGCUGCUCUCUGGAGCGACGGGCUUCAUGGGGAAGGUGCUGCUGGAGAAGCUGCUGAGAUCCUGUCCGGAAGUGGGAGCCGUUUAUGUGCUGGUCCGGUCAAAGGCGGGCCAGAGCCCACAGGCCCGCGUGGCCGACAUGAUCAACUGCAAGUUGUUUGAACGCUUGCAAGUGGAGCAGCCGGGCUUUGCCGAGAAGAUCAUCGCCGUGAACUCCGACCUCACUCUGGCAGAGAUGGAUCUCAGCAAAGAAGAUCAGGACAUGCUGGCGGAACGCAUUAACAUCGUCUUCCACUGCGCCGCCACCAUCCGCUUCAACGAGCCGCUCAAAGACGCCAUACAGCUGAACGUGCUGGCCACUCAGAAGAUGCUGGCGCUGGCCCGCAGGAUGAAGCACCUGGAGAUCUUCACCCACGUGUCCACAGCCUACGCCCACUGUGACAGAGAGGUCAUUGAGGAAGUCGUCUACCCUCCCCCUGUGGACUACCGCAAGCUCAUCGCCACUCUGGACUGGAUGGAUGAUGAACUGGUAUUGUCCCUGCUACCAAAGCUGCUGGGAGAGCGUCCCAACACCUACACCUAUACCAAAGCUUUGGCCGAAUACCUGCUGCAGCAGGAGGCGGGGGACAUCAACGUGGCCAUCGUCAGGCCUUCCAUCGUUGGCGCCAGCUGGAAGGAGCCUUUCCCGGGCUGGAUCGACAAUUUCAAUGGACCUAGUGGAAUAUUUAUAGCUGCUGGCAAAGGCAUCCUGCGAACGAUGAGAGCCUCUAACAACGCGGUGGCCGACCUGGUGCCUGUAGAUGUGGUCAUCAAUGCCACGCUGGCUGUGGCGUGGUACUCGGGGUCACAGAUGCACAGCAGGUCCAAAAACAUGCUGGUGUACAACUGCACCACCGGGGGAAUCAACCCCUUUCACUGGGGGGAAGUCGAGUAUUGUAUAAACAUGACCUUCAAGACCAAUCCGUUAGAGCAGGCCUUCAGAAGGCCCAAUGUCAAUCUGCGCUCCAACCCCUUUACUAAUCAGUACUGGACCACGGUCAGCCACACGCUGCCCGCCCUGCUCUAUGACGGCUAUCUCAGGCUGAUGGGUCGCAAGCCCCGGAUGAUGAAGACCAUUUCACGUCUCCACAAAGCCAUGAUGGUCCUGGAGUACUUCACCAGCCACUCGUGGGAGUGGAACACGGACAACAUGAGCAUGCUGAUGGCCCAGAUGAGCCCUGAGGAUAAGAAGGUCUUUAACUUUGACGUGCGUCAGCUGCACUGGGCAGAGUACAUGGAAAGUUACUGCAUGGGCACCAAGAAGUACGUCCUGAACGAAGAGCUGUCGGGCCUUCCUGCUGCCCGCAAACACCUCAACAAGCUGAGGAACAUCCGCUACACCUUCAACACCAUCCUGGUGGUGCUCAUCUGGCGCGUCUUCAUCGCCCGAUCCCAGAUGGCCCGAAACAUCUGGUACUUUGUGGUGAGCCUCUGCUUCAAAUUCCUCUCGUACUUCAGAGCUUCCUCCACCAUGAGAUAAUGAGCGGGGAGGCGGCUGGCCCGAGGCCGACGAGAGGUUCCUGAAAAGAAGAGCCUCCGGACGAGCCUGGACUUGAUCCUGCUCACCUUCAUCACUCCAACACAGACCGGGCUCGGGUCACUUUAAAGACCCUCCCACUUCUUUUGGAUGAGACUCCGCCCUGAAAUCCCGUCAGGAUUUUAAAACCAAGUUUUCUGCCUGUAAUUUUUUUUUUUUUUUUUGCACAUUGGAGUGUUCACCAUCAGACCAAAGCCGCUCAGGUGGAGAACUCUGCUUCUGGACCAGCAGAGCAGAUGGAGACGCAUUCACCAGUGCCUAAAAACAGACUUGCAAAAGCUUCCUGUUGCGCUUCUUCUUUUGCUGUUACCCUGAAAGCUGAGGGGUGUUUGUCCCGACAGAGCAGCUCAGACCUCUGCGGCCUCCUGUCCUUUUUUAUUUAGCUUCUUUUCGUGUCUGUCUUUGUGUUUCCCUCAGAGCUUCGUCUUGAUGUGUGUGUUCAGCUUGAAUCUAUUUAUUGACCUGACUGCAGAAAGGGUGUUUCUCUGUGUUGGAUUGUUUUGUGCGCCAAGGUCCCCGCCUCCUUUCACAGCUUUGUGUGAACAGGAAGUUGGUGCCUGAAUUUUGUCGCCAAAAAAUAAGAGAAGCCAUCAGAUGUGUGUUUUCUGAAUGAGUGUUCUGCUUUUCUAUGUGCGACUUUUGGAGUCAUAGAAGGUCUUAACUAUGGGUGGUUUACAUGCUGAAGUACAGGAAUGCAGGGGUUUUUGCAGCAGAAUGGACCUACUGUGUGUCACAUGACCUUUUCUGAAUGUCUAAAAAAACUUCUUUGCACAACUGAAGUCUGACUCUGCAGCAAGAGGCCAAACCUGCGGUUACAGCCCGUCAUUUCUGCCACUUUUUGAAGAUGAAACUUUGUUUUUUGGAGUUUGAGUGACCAGAUUUGCUUCCUCUGGAAUAACAGUCAUCUUGUGUUACUAACAUGUCAAAAUGAAUUUGAGGUUGUGAUCUUAGCUUCAUUUAUAAAUGUUCAGGAGUUUCAAGCAGCAUCGUAUCUGUUCUUUGUGACAUUAAAGGGCCAUUAUCGUAGUUCUA